AUGAUUAAUCCUUUGGGAUUUUUUUUUUUAAUAAUAUAUAUUGAUUCAGUCAGGAGAAUGAAAUGUUGGAGGAAUUGUGGAAAAAAAAAGUAAAAAAAAAAACUGAGGGGGAUCGUGUUUGCUUUCUACUAAAUUAAACCGUUGGGCAUAGCCAAAAUGCCAGAUCCUCUUUACUGUUCAGCAGAGUUUUUAAACGGCCCGGAUGCAUUUCAGGCGGUGAAGAAGGAAGGAUAUCUGGUUGGUCUGCGGUGGACUCCUCUCGUCGUCGGUCCUCCAUGCCUACUUCUGCAAACGCAGUAAGGCAGAAGCCGGUGAUUGCAAACGAUACGACCGCUACGAAGGAGGCUAUGGUGAGUCGUUGACUUCUUUUAUCCUCUUCCGUCUCCGACAAGAACUCAUAAUCUGUUUCAUGGGAAUCCUCGGCGAAUUUUUCUAGAACCAUCGGAAAUCGUAACUCUUUGAAAGAACUAUUAUAGAACGGUGAUGGGGACAGCAGCUUAUCCAGAACAUCAACCCAUCUCUUUGAUGGGUAGUAUCACAUCCCUUCAGUGGUUCCUGGUUGGGUAGAAAAAUCGUUCCUUUACUCAAAAGGGUAGCUGCAGAAGCGAUGUGUUCAUGCUCGCCUCGUUUGAAAACCCUAAAUCUGUGAAUGAAUGAUUCGGGAUCACUGCGUCUGAUGUUCUUGGUGUCGCUUGAGAAGGAUGGCUUAUUAUUCUCAAUCUUCUGACUUCCGUUUCUUCGAUAGAUCUUUCCAAUUCCUGACCGGGAUGUGGAUGAACUCGUUGUAGCCGUCCAGUUCAACAGUUUUGGGGCGAUCCGGUGGAUCCUCGAAGCGUGCUGCUGCUGUGUCUAGCAGCCGAGAAGCCCCCGCCGGCGGCGAAGUCGACCUCUCCCGCCUCCGCCCCGCCGAGGCGAGCCCCGGAGGGUUCCGCAGGUUUUCCGGCGCCCAGAUGAGCCCCCCUGUCGCCUCUGCUGAGCCCAAGAAUUCAUCUUCUUCUGGUAGGCUUCCCUCCCAUUCGAGGACCUUCGAAUCCGCCCUCAAAGGCAUCGAGUCCCUCAACGUCGCCGGCGAGGAUCAGUUGCGGCAUUAAAUACACCGACCGACGACGAUCGUCACUGCAAUUCCUCUGUUCUCGGAGCUGCUAUUCCAGGAAAGUCCGCCUCCCCAUGGUGAAAAUAAGGAGAAAGGCGAGAGGAGCCGAACGAUGCUUGUAACCCUAAUCUCCUCCAGCUUCCCCUCGCCACGAUUCUUUUAGUGCUUUUCUUUCUCUUGUUUAAUAUUCAUUCCAGUGAGGCCUGUACGUGACGUGACGAUCAGACGAUUGAUCUUCUGGGUUUCGUUUUUCUCUCCGUCCGCCAUGAAAUCGAUGAAUCAAUCAUCUGUGGAUGCUGAAGCUGUUGAAAUCCUAGAGAAUACAGCGUGAAACAAGGGAGAUGGAGUCGGAGUUGUUUCUAGGGUUUCAUCUUCAGGCACUCUUCUCUCACCUGGGAGAACAGUCCCGUGCUGAGAUACCUCUCCCCGGCGCUGGCGAAGAUGGUGACGAUCAUCUUCCCUCUGCUCUCAUCCCUCCUCGCAAUCUGAAACACCACCGGCAAGAAGCAGCAGAUCAUGCGCCGGUGAAACAGACCCGGACGAGGAAGAAGAGGGGAUCAUUCUAAGGUUUAUACCUUGAGACAAGCUGCUAAGUUAGCGCCGGAGGAGAUGCCGACGAGGAGACCUUCCUCGGCGGCCAACCUCCGAGCUUGCGCCAUGGCCUCUUCCGAGCUCACAGUGACGACCUCGUCGACCAGCGCUAUGUCCAGGUUGUGGGGGAUGAAACCAGGGCCGAUCCCCUGGAUCUCGUGUUCCCCCUGCGAGCCGCCUGCCGAAUGAACAACCUCUUGGUUAUAAUUUUGUGGAGUUUUCUACCUCCCAGCGACAGCGAUCAAACCAGAAGCUAUAGACCACCGAAUUUUUUCUCCUUACGAGGAAGGAAACGAGGGAUCAGAUUAGGGCAGACGACACCUUUCGCCGGCCAUAAUCCUAACCCGUGGAACCAAUUUACCUGAGAUGGCGGGUCUUUCAGCGGGUUCGACGCAGACGAUCUUCAUAGAAGGGUUCUUGGACUUGAGGAACCUCCCGGCGCCGGAGAUGGUUCCUCCGGACCCUGACCCGCAGACGAAGAUAUCAACCUUGCCGGCUGUAUCUUCCCAGAUUUCUGGCCCUGAGAUUGGAAAAGACGGUACAGAAGAUGAGCUGGGAUCCCAUCAAGUUCAUCCGAAUUAUAUCAACAAAAUAAAAAGAAAAAAAGAUCACAGUCAGAGUUCGGGACCGCUCAACUCACCCGUGCCCAUAAAAUGCGCCUCGACAUUGGCCGGAUUAGAGAACUGGUCCAGUGUGUGCACAUCGGGAAUGGUAAAUCUUAGCUCGUUUAUCUUCUCGGUGAUUCCCUGCAUACCCAGUUUCGAGUCUGAAAAGCAGCGAAGAUCCCGACAUCAAUUCAGCAAUUAUGUUGUCGACAUCAAAAUGGUACUCUGCUCAUGAAACCCUACGGGUGGUAUCCACGGAAGAACAAUGUUUCCAGAAAAAGGAUGUACCGGUGAGCUCCACAUCGGCCCCCAGGGAUUUCAAGAUGAUCCGCCGCUCAAUCGAGUAGUGAUCCGGCAUCACCGCUAUGAACUUGUAUCCUCUCUGGGCUGCGAUGCAGGCCAGGGCGAUUCCGAGGUUCCCGCUGGUGGGUGCCACGAGCGUCGUCUUCCCGGGAGCGAUGAGACCCUUCUCCUCUGCGUCCUCUAUCAUCCUGCGCAGGGAAAAAGGAAUGAGAUCAUCCCCGGGCGAUUCGAGAGAGACGCAGGAAUGGAAUUCAUUAAAAAAAAAAAAAAAAGAGCGGACAAUCAUCGGCCCUGUCGGAACGAGAUCUCGGCUCUGAUGGGGUUUCGCCCAUCUGACCGUCUAUCUGGGUCUCCGCCACCUCCUCUCGCCAUCUCCUGAGAGGGGGUUUUCCGGCAUUCCUCCGCCGAAAUUUCUCAGCUUGGAAGACCCAAGAGAGAGCUGGUGAGCGAGCAAGAGAGAGAGAGACAGGGAGAGCAGCAGCAGCAGCUGCAGCAGUUGUAGGGGAAGGGCAUCAAAAGCAUCCCAAACCUGAUGGCGGCGCGGUCCUUGACGGAAGAGAGAGGCUGGUACGUCUCCAUCUUCGCCACCAGACGCGCGUCCACGCCAUCUUUCUGCUCAAUCCGUUUCAGCUCCAGGAGCGGAGUCCAACCUAUCAACUGAGAAUGCUCAAUGUCAGACAGACAGACAGACAGACCGAUGAUGAGGAGGCGGAGGACGAGAGAGCAGAGCUACCUGGGUUAUGCCUCCCGCUAUGCGCUCUCCGUCGCCCCCCUCCUCCGCCGGUGACGAAGCCAAGGUAG